AUGAUGAAGCUCCUGCUCAUCCUCACCCUGCUGGCUCUGUACUGCAGGCCUGCAAGCGGCUCAUGGGAAGGCUGUGGGGCGAGCUGCGGGUGCCAGCUCAAGGCUUCUUCCUCUGGGCUGUUGCGCGUCGUGGGUGGCACAAAUGCGGCUCCGGGGACCUGGCCCUGGAUCGUCAGCCUCCAGCGCCCCUGGGGAAAACGCACCAAGCAUUUCUGUGGAGGGUCCCUCAUCAACCCACAGUGGGUGCUCACAGCAGCCCACUGCUUUGACAAGUUCAGGAACAUCGCCAAGUGGCGCGUGGUGAUCGGGACCACAAAGUUGUCUCAGCUGGGCCCCGAGGCCCAAGUGCGACGCAUCAAGCGGCUGCUGCGUCACGAGGCCUACUGGCAGGUCACAGCUGAGAAUGACAUUGCUGUGCUGGAACUGGACCAGCCCAUCCAGUGCAAUGAGCACGUCCAGCUGGCCUGUUUGCCUCAACCCGAUGACGUGAAGCUGUCGGAGCUGAAAAACUGCCAGGUGGCUGGUUGGGGAUCCACAGUUGCACGAUCCACAGAACCAGAAAUGUCCGAUGUGCUGCAGGAGGCCAAGGUUCACCUCAUCGAUACCAAGCUCUGUAACAGCAGCCAGUGGUACACAGGGGCUGUGCACAGCUACAACCUGUGUGCCGGGUACCCACAGGGUGGUAUCGACACCUGCCAGGGUGACAGCGGGGGCCCGCUGGUCUGCAGAGCUGCCGGCGCCAACUUCUUCUGGCUCGUGGGCGUGACCAGCUGGGGGGCAGGCUGUGGCAGAGCGCACAGGCCUGGGGUCUACACCUCCACCCAGCACUUCUACUACUGGAUACUGGAACAGAUGCGCUCAGCAGGAAGGGCUGCUGCUCUCACCCGGGCGUGGAGACGUCUUCCCACCGACUCGGGGCCCUUUCUGCGGCCCAACCCGGCACUAAUCCCGGCACCAGAACCAGCGGACGGCGGGGCUGGGCUGAGUGAUCCGUGCCGGCGGCCUGGUGUCGUUGCCGAAUGUGCUCUUCUCACCAUCGUGUCCUACGACUGCUACGUUGCCAUCUGCAAACCCCUGCGCUACGGAACCCUCCUGGGCAGCAGAGUUUGUGCCCACAUGGCAGCAGCUGCCUGGGCCAGCAUGUCUGCCUACCUGAAGACUCCAGCCAUCUCCUGUCCAUCCCUGGACCUGCUGGUGGCAGUUCUGUAUUCGGUGGUGCCUCCAGCAGUGAACCCCCUCAUCCGUUGCCCGAGGAACCAGGAGAUCAAGAAUGUCUUGCAGAAAGUGUGUGAACACCUCAGAUUAAUAAGGUUCCCACGAUCCCACUAA